AUGUGGAGACUGCACCGGAGGAUCCGAAUGAUGCAGCGACUGGCCCUUUGCUCAGCUUUGCUGCGCCUAACCGCUGCCGCGGAGUGCUCCGCGCAGGCGCAGGAGUCGUGGGCGGAGUAUGACCUCUCCUCGCACAGCAAUGACGAGGAGCAGGAUUUGCUGAAGAUGAGCCUUUUGCAGACCGGCGUCAAGACGCCUUCCGUGGAGCCGGCCGGCGACACCCUCAGCUUAUUCCAAGAGGGCGACACCUUGCGCUUGUUCCAAGAGGGCGACGUCGACAGGGGGAUUUGGGACACCUUGGGAGGAAUUUUGCAUAAAGCGGAGAAGAGCACUGGGGAGGUGCAGAAGUCGGUGCUGGACACUAUCGUGCAGCAGACAGACCUUGCGAUGGAUGAGUUCGACAAGGCGGUGACCAAGUUCGAAGCCGAUGCGGAGGAGGCCGAGACGAAGUUCGUGAACAAGGCGAACGCCUCAAUCAUGGAGGAGGUCAUGAUUGUCAAGAAAAAGGUGGCUUCAGUGAUGGACAAGGCCCGCGCGCUUUGGAGGGACUCGAAGAUGCAGGUGGUCCAUGUGCAGAACAUCGUGGUUGGCACGCUGUCCACCGUGGGGCAGACCGAUGUUGCCAUCAAGGUGAAUGGCACCAUGGUGUCGCUGCUGAAGAGCCUGGAAACGGCGUCAGAGUCCACUUUGACUGUGGCCAAGGAUGCUAGAUCUGUCUCUGAGGAGACCGCCUCCUGCGCGGUGCUGAAGUUGAAUAGCACCCUGACGCGCGCCACGCACCAGGUGGAAGUCUUCACCCAUGACUUCGAAGAAGUCUUCAAGGUGACGGACGAGAAGCUCCGGGAGUUGGCGCAGAAGCUGCCCGGGCAGUUCACCCAGCAAGCCCAGCAGGCUUGCGCGCAGAUGAGGAAGAGAGGCUUCCAGACGGCCGAGAACAUCCUGAGGGUGUACCACAAGGCCGCGCAGAACCAGAUCCUAGUGAUCGACCGGCUUCAGGCCACCUGCGUCCAGCUAGGAAAAGCCUGCGGAGAGGGGGGCAUUUUCAACAACAUCAAGGAGAUCUUGUGUGGAGGCUUGGGAUGUGCUGGGACUGUGUACGGCGACCAAGAGGAGUUAGCUGUGGCCAAUGAUGUGAAGGAGUGUGCGCCGGAGAGUCCGCCUUCCAAGCUCAAAGAAAUCAAGCAGGAGGUGGCGCUGGAAGCGCAGAGCUCCUGGCGGGGGGAAGCCUUUUUCACCCACGAGGUCACGGAGGCCAUGACCAUGGUGGCACUGGUGCAUGGCUGGCGUGCUGGCAGGUGUGUGAACGGGGUGUGUGAGCUCGCCGGGCUGCUGCUCUACGGGCUCAGCGGUGUGCUGAAGGAGGCCGAGGCAGAUGCCUUUUGGUGCCUGUCACAACUCCUGGCUGAGACGCAGGAGACGAUCCUUGGAGACGACGCUCUCGCACUCCAGGCGCGGCGGAUUCAUGAGCUCCACCGACUCUUUGACCCCCCGGUGGCCGACUUGCUGCAGAGCCACGGGCUCAGCGCUAUGCCGGCGCUGAGGCUGGGCGGCCUGCUGCUCACGCGUGCGGGCUUCUCUUUGCAGCACGCGGCCCGACUUUGGGACUCCUUGCUGGCAGACCCUCGGCGCUUCGAGUUCGCAGACCACCUGGUGAUCGCUCUGCUGCUGCACUGUCGAGGCGAUCUCCUGCAGCGCGACGACGUUGGGGGCCUUGCAGAGACGUUGCUGGCUGCGCCCGGCGCGGUGGACUUCUCCGCACUGCUGCGUACCGCGUACGCAGUGUGCGCUCUGCAGCGGCGCCACGGCGCAAACUCUGCGCUUCCGUUUCCCAAGCCGCGGGAAGUUACCCUGGACCUGGACAGCGCCGUGGCCGCAGCACAGGAAGGCCUGUCUUCUCUCUGGGGCAAGGUGCGCGCGGCGGGGCAAGGCUACUGGGAGCUUCCUCCCAAAGCCGCGCCAGCUGCUUUGGACUUCCCCAAAGCGCGCCGCCUGCGUCGUUUUCGCGGGGCCACCAUGUCCGCGGAGUUCACGGAGAUGACGGGCAAGGUCAUCAAGGAGGCGACGCGCCUGGCCAAGGAGAAGGGCCAUUUGCAGCUGGACCCCGGCCACGUCUUCGCGGUGCUUCUGAAGGACCGCUCCUCGCUGCCUGCGCAAGUGCUGAGCCGCCUGAACGGCGACUCCGUAGAGGUGCAGAAGGGCUGCGAGCGCCUGCUGAGCAGCUUCAGCUCCCAGAAGCCGGCGCCAGAGGACAUCGCGCCCAACAACGCCAUGCGCCAGACGCUGCAGGAGGCCGAGCAGCAGCGGAAGGCCUCCUCAGGCAGCUACGUGAGCCUGCCAGAUCUCUUCCUGGCCUUGCUGAAGCAAAAAGCAAUCAAGGAGGUCCUGAGCUCUGCGGGCUACAGCAUCUCGCUGGUGGAGAAGGCGAUGCAGGACCUGCGAGGCUCCAAGAAAGUGGACAGCCAGACGGGGGACGAGAACUUUGAGGCGCUCACCAAGUACGGGCGUGACCUCGUGGCGGAUGCCGAGAACGGGCGCCUGGACCCGGUGAUCGGCCGGGACGAGGAGAUCCGGCGGGUGGUGCAAGUGCUGGCAAGGCGCACCAAGAACAACCCCAUCCUCGUGGGGGAUCCAGGUGUGGGGAAGACGGCUAUCGUGGAGGGCCUCGCGCAGCGUGUGGUCAUCGGAGACGUGCCUGAGGCUUUGAAGUCCUGCCGCGUGAUCGCGCUGGACGUUGGGGCCCUGAUCAGCGGCGCCAAGUACCGCGGAGAAUUCGAGGAGCGGCUCAAGGCAGUGCUUCAGGAGGUCAAAGAUGCCGAGGGCCGUGUCGUGCUCUUCAUCGACGAGGCGCACUUGCUGAUCGGUGCUGGCAAGACCGACGGGGCCAUGGACGCAGCAAACCUCUUGAAGCCCAUGCUGGCACGGGGGGAGCUGCGCUGUAUUGGGGCCACCACCAUGGACGAGUACCGCAAGUACAUUGAGAAGGAUGCCGCCCUGGAGCGUCGAUUUCAGCAGG